AUGGAACAGAGUAGAGACAGUGAGAAAAGAACGCCAGUAAAAGUAGCAGACAAAGUGACCCAAACCCUUUCUGGGGAGCAAAGCGAAAGACAUGAUGUAGCUGAGUCAAAGAAUCCAGUGAAUCUGAAAUCUUUAAUGGCUGGGUUGGAUCUUGCAGAGUUGGUAGAGCUUGCUAAUCUUGCCUUUCUGGAACUGGCAUUACAAAAUGGAAUAAACUCCAAUCCUGCAAACUUUGCAGAACUUGCAAUGCAUGCAAUGAAGAGAUUGCAAGAUAAUGGCAAAAACAAUUUGAUCUACAAGUUUGCCCUGUGCAUUGCAUCAAACAGACCAGGAUCAAAGGACAGCCUAUUUCCCAUAAACAGAAUGCCUUUUGGCAUGGUGGAGUACCAGAUCGAAUUCUUUUCUGCUACAAACAUCAUGCAGGUUUGCUAUUAGUUUACCCUGUAGUAACUAUCACCGUGUCACUUCCAUCAAUACCUUUUUUGCUGCUUUUAUUUAUCUUAUUUUUCUAACUAUUUUUUAUUCUCUACACAUACUCUUUCAUAUCGUUUUCCUGUGAGAGAUUAUAACCAAAGAUAUUUUGUUGUUGUUGUUUUUUAGAUAUCAGUGCCAGAGGACUUCAAGACUUGGUACGAGACAAUGUGUGCUGAGUUCCCAACAAGAUUCAGCCGGCUAUUUAGGGGACCUAUGUGGAGUGGUGUCACUGUGAAUCAACAGAAAGAUCCUCUCACGGUGAGCACAACAAGUAAACAAAAAAAAAAUAAACAAACUAACUAACAAAAGCAAAGAUUGAUUAUUCUAUUCUAUUGGAUCUAUUUUAUUGGAUUACUCUAUUUCUUGCCCUUACUUUAUUCCUGACAGGCACGUGUAAAUGUUGCAUCACCAAGCAUAAGGACAGUAGAGAAGCAAACAGCUGAGGCACCUUUUACUUGUGAGCCUACAGUUCAGGUUAGAAAUGAAAUUUUGCAAAUAAUUUUAAACAAUGAGAUGUCAUCAUGUUAGUGGCAUGAAUGUCAUAACAUUCUAUAUAGUAAUGUUGCAAUACUCAAAUUUGGCUUUGAAAAAAUAGAGCAGUAGUGUGUUGCUUAAUUUGUUCUGGCACACCGGCUAUUUUUGGAAAAAUGUGAGAAAUGAAGUGUACAUUGCCCCUCAUGGUAUGACCACGAUUACUCCUUUUGAUUCUCAAUGAUGUGCAAGAACAUUGAUCAGAGACAUAGGCACUUUAACAGGAGCACAUAAGGCUUCAUAUCAGGUUCUCUUAAUUCAUGUACAGUUAUUGUAAAUGUUAUAAUUUCAUAUUUAUAUAUUUGUUUUUAGGUCGAAGCAAUCAAAGAGCUUAAGAAAGCACACCCACAUGGUCGGUUUUGGUUAAAGGCAGACGCAUGUGACAUAAAAGUGGCUCUGCAAGAGUCCGUCAAGGGAAAAUGGGAUGGGGAUGUAGACCUUGGGGAUGGGAAACUAAAAGAACUCCGAGCUGAGUAUGACACCCGUAAAGCAGAUGCUUGCAUCCAGGAAGCUGCAGUUACACGAGACUUGUUGGAGCUCAAAAUUCGAAAGAUGGUUGAUGCUUUGCAGGAGGAUCAGAGGUUCCUGGCUGAUGGCCUGAAGGAAGCUGACGCGUCUUUCCAAAAAAAAUUCAACAGUCCCAAUACUUCUCAAGCAGUGCUUAAAGCACUGUGUUGGGAAAGGGUUGAAUACAACACCUUGCUUCAGCAGGCCCAAGCAUUUCGUACCACCAUUGAGAGUCUUCUUCCCCAUCUCCAACCAGGGAGUGUGCGUGUUCAAGAUGUAGCUCGUAGUCUCAAGGAUCUCAAAGAAGAUCUGAAGAAGUACCUGAGGAAUGUGUUUGUGAAAAAGCGAAAACCAGCCGCUACCCAUGUCCUAGCAAUUCUGGUUUCUGAGGAACGUUGGAACAAGAAGCCUUACUCCAUACCAGUUCAAUUUGUCCCUUAUACUUCUAUAAAGGAUCAAUAUAUUCGGGAUAUCACUACAAAAGUCAAGAGGGAAAUGGUCAAAAUGGAUUUAAAACCAGUAGGUAGGUUACUUAGUAUACGGCUAUGUGGUUAGAAGAAACUUGACAGGAAAAUGACCUCCCUUUUUCAGAGGAUGUUAAGGUUUAGGUCUAAUGGAUACGUCCUUUGCAGCUAGCCCUUCAUGUGGUACAAAACCACCAUGCUGGAGAGCAAAAGUCGCACUGGUACAAGACAAAUAAAAGGCCUACACAAUUUUAAAUGAUAAUUUCCUUUGCUUGUCCUGUCCCAGUGUGACUUUUUCUCUCCAGCAUGGCCGUCUUGUACCAUACGAAUGGCUAUCUGCAAAGGGAACUUCACUGAGUUCCCUGUAUUUAUCUUUUCUUUCCAGGCUUAGUCACAGAUGGCGAGUUUAACUCUUUGAGAACACAAGGGGAGACACGGUCAUUACAUAUCUGGCAGCUGAUGCACGAUGCACGAGAGAGUGUAUCCAAAAUGAGCAGAGGAAACCUCUUAAAAAUGCUGAUUCAAAUUGGGGGUAGGCAUUCCGUCAAACAGAAUUUUAUAUGUUGUAGAAGGAAAUGAAAUUCAGCUUCCAAUGAUUUCAUCCUAGUUUAAAAAAGGUUUAUUUAAUUCCUUUGUCCCUGAAUAAAAGAUGAAGGCUGAUUAUCAUAUAUUUCAAACCAAGGAUAAGAAUGUUAGUUUUAAGUGAUUUUAACAUGAAUUGCAUUUCAACCUACAACAGAAUAGUUUACAGAACACAGAGGAUCCAAUGCUGAUCACUAUUUGCAUUGAUUUUUGUCUAGUUGAUCAUGAUGGAAAUCCUGUGACUGAAACUUAUGAUGAGGCAAUACCAGCCACUGUCAUAACCCAACUAAGAAAUUUACAAGUUGUUGAUGGCCUAACUUUGGAGGAUGCAAUUACCUAUUUACGACAAAAGCUAGUUCCUGAUGGAUAUCAACCAUAUCCCUUCAAAGCUGACACCCCUGAAAACUUUGUUCACAAGUUGAGGUCACUGGUUGCAACUUACCGCUUCAGACACCGGGUUGAAGAGCUAAAAAGGGAGGGUGAUGACUUCAGCACCUAUCUGUACGUCCCUGAAGUGGAUCCAAUAACAGAAGAUACUUUUCAUGAAAGGGAAGAUCAUUGUCAUAUCCUCAAAAGGAUUUGGAAACACACCAGAGAAGGUAGAACAUGAAAAUUAUUGCUGUUAAAAGGCAGGCAAACUCAAAAACAAAUUAAAAACUUAUUUCUGAUGAUUUGGGUAGGAUGUUUUCCUGUCCUUCAUGGGGGAUGUUCACCUCGCCUGAAGUAGACCACUGUUGUCAGUGGUAAUGUAAUCUUACUUUUUAUUAGAAAAGCAUUUAUACAAAAAUUGAAAAUGAAAAUGAAAAGUUGCUUUUGUAGGGGGAGGUGAAUCGUACAUGUAUGUAUUUCCACAGCAUUUUGUCAAAAUUAAAGUAUUUUUGGAAUGUGGGGGAAGUACUUAAGAAGUUGCAAGGCUUACAAUGGCAUUUUAGCAAUUACAAAAGGAUCACAAAGCUUAUUCCAUUCCUUGUUUUUUUAGAAAAAAAAAUCUUUUUGUUUUUGAUUAGGUGGAUUUGAAGGCAUGAAACUGCAGGGUUUUGAUGAUGCAAUGUUAGAUCCAGGUACUGGUUUAACACAUGCUGCAUUAACUGGAGAGAGAAAGCAGUCAGUGGGAGAUGCAGAAAGGAUGCUGUCAUUUCUGGUUUCAAAAUUUCUCAACGAGCAUGGGUACCUUAGGGAAGCCAAUUACAUUGAUGUCAUUGCUGGAUGGCAUGAGGCAGCCGAUGGGAGAGGCCUAAGUGAGUUGCAGAGAUGCAAGCGCAAUUACGCAAUGUUAAAUAUGAUCUUAACUGAAUGGAUGCCAUGGUACAAGGAGAACCCAGAUCUUUCGACCAUUGAUAUCAACAGGUAUGAUGUUUUUACGUGUAUAUGUUACUGGUCAAAAUGAAAUUAAGGUUAAUUUUUUAUCUAGGAUGAUUCCUAGGGCUAGGAGAUAAUGGAAACUGAGAAUCAAGUAAGGUAAAAAAAUUUAACCCGAAUUUGAUUUUGACCUGUAGCAUUUAUUUCAGCACAGAUUCGUGAGUAUCAAGUCAUUGCAAAGCCUUUCAAACAUGCCCAAGCCUUUUUUUCAUGUCCUUUUUUCUAUUUAGAUGUACUUGUCACUUCAGACAAUUACUUGGAUUAAUCAUUAAUAAUUUUAAAUUAAUCAUUUUGCUUGCUUGCUUGUUGUUUUGUUAUAAUUUUAGGCCGGUCAAGGGAAUUUGUGGAUUUUCACGCGAGACUGUGAUUGCAGUCACUACUAACAUUGAGAGCAUUGAGUUCCGCAGAAGGGAAAGUGCGGCUCAUGGUUUUGAGGAGCACCCACGCGCUGGCACAACAGAUGAUGUGGAAGCUUUCUUUGCCCUGCUGCACCGUUUCCUGGGUCUCGUUUUCACCUUGAAGGACUUCAAGGCUCUUUGGAGAAGACUGGUCAGGUAAGAUUGAUAAGCAUAUUGAGUCUAAAAUAACGUUUUCAGUCCAGGUGUUUUUACAGAAUUAAGUAUUGACUUGAGCCACAUAAAAGAUGUAACAGUCAAACAGUAGUAAAGCCAGAUAAUUGGUGACAUGGAACAGCCACUUUGCAGGGAAUCAAGGUUCUUGGCCAAUUGGAACUAGUAAUAAUUAAUGAAAUAUAACAUGACAGCCACUUAAUAUCUCGUGUUAUUACUUUAUCCUGUUAGGGAAUUUACUAAGAGAGUUGGAGAUGACCUCCCAUUUUACUAUUGGACUGCAAAUGAAAGGUACAGAGAAUGGGAAGAAGAGUUCCCUUCUUUCAAUGAAGCACCAGAUGUGCCUGACGACAUUGAUCCUGCUGAACAUCCCCUCAGGCUCCAUCGACUGACCUUGAGCAGAAGGGAAGACUCUUCUAUAUUCACUGCGGGACGAAGCUUCCUCCCUGCCCGAAAUCAGACCACAAUACGCCAGAGGCUUCAUAGGCCUGAAGGGCAGUUACCCCCUAACUUGUAA